AUGUUGCUGCGCUUCCUAGAACAUGAGUCCGAUACUGCAUGCGAUCAUGGCGCCCAUAGGCCUGCGGCAGCCUUCUGGCUCACAAGGGGCCCGCCUCUCGGGGCGGUCACGGACAGCACCAACUCCUGGCUCUACGUUCCUUUAUUGCACGCCGCAGCCGCAGAUCUCGCGCCUUCUGCGCUCGACGCUUGGCGAGCCGAUCCCCGGGCAACCAACUGGUGGGAGCAGGCUCGCCAGCUCCUCGCGGCCUCCGCGCCCGUCGCCCCGCAAACCCUCAUUGCAGCCCUCGCCCGCACCGCCGAAACCGCCCCUGCGCACGCGCACCAUCUGCCCGAUAUGGUUGCGCGCAUCCACGAUGCGGGCCUUCCCAAUGGCUCCCUCGUGCAUGCCGGCUGGGCGGUGCGCCAGCUGCGAGAGCCGGAUGGCUACCUCCUGUCACCGGUGCAGGAAGUUCUGCUCGGAUGCUACGGCGGCCAUGUGCUUGCAUCGACGCUCGACCGUCAUUCGGACUGCUUCCGUCCAGCCCCUGCCGCAGCAGCCCCAACUAGUGAUCCUCCGCCCGAGGUGCCCUCCACAGCAGAGCGAGUGCAAGACGACGCCGAGCCAGCCUCCCCGCCUGCCGAACCACCCGCAGCAGCAGACGAGGAUGCCUUUCUGGCCGCCGCUGCCCAACGCGCGCGCCAACAAGCGACCGCUACUGGCCGGGGCACUGGACGGGGCCGGAAACCGGCGCGGACGUGGGCGCGCUCGCUCCCCGCAUGCUCCUGUUCCGCUCGCAGGGUGAGUCGCGCAUUCCGCCGGCAGAGCUGGACAGGCGGUGCGAACUGUUCCGCGCCGGGCAGUGGUCGGACCUCCUCCGCCAAUCCGCCGCCGCGGCAGGGACAGUACCCAGCCCACCCCGAAGUGACUUCUGAUGCACAGCGGGCGCGCCGUGCCGCCGCCCUUGUCCACAUUGGGGAGCUGUCCGCCGCAGGGCAUGCCCUCACCGCUCAACCUUUAGCCGCUGGCACCCUUGACACGCUCGCCGAGCUUCGUGACCCGGAGCGGCGGCACCCCGUGCCGUAUGCCCCCGUGCCCGACGGCGUCCUUGGACACGUGCCUGCAGAGACAUGCCCGCUGCCCAUGCAAGACUUCCUCCGGGGCCUGCGGAGUGCCUCCUCCCCUUCGCGCGCCAGUUCUACGCUGACCCCAGCACGUACACGUGGUAUGACGACGAUGGACGUGCUCACGACAUCUCCCAAGGAGAGGGCGGCGAACAAGGCGAUCCGCUGA